CGCGCGUCUACCAUCAGUAACACACGCCCCCUUUAUACUUUUGCCACUUUUGCUUCGCAGGAAAACGUGUUCUAUAAAAAUGCAAGCACUUGCGCCUUCAAAAGUAGGCAUGAGCCAUCUGAAAAAGUUUUGGAUUUUGAUAAGGACUCAGCCAGGUAGAUUUUUGAGUAGUUCAUCUUCGGAUUCUUCGGACAGUAGCUCAUCUGAUUCGGACGAUGAAAAGUCUCAACCAAAAAUUAAGAAGGAUGACAAGAAAUUGGAAAGUCGUGAUGAGCCUCAACCUUCUGUUAAGUCAGCAGAUCCCGUGAAAGCUAGCCUGAAACUGAAUGAGCUUCUGCAAGCCAUUAUCAAAGAUGAUCUGGCUUUGAAAGCUGAGGCCUUAAAACUGUCCACUGCUACAAGCAAAAAAGGAGUGUUUAAGAAGAUAACCUCUUCUGCUGAAUAUAAUCUAGGAAAAGAUAUGGCUGAUGCUAUUGAUGGAGUUGCAAGCAUAUCUAAAGGCAAUAAAGAGCAAGUCAAAGCAGAUUUGGUGGACAAAGUUGCGUCUAUGAAAGCGCCUGUCAUCGAGCAUGUGAUGGAAGAGCCGCUUAAAGAAAAGGAGGUUCCUCCAAGUGAACCAAUUAAUUUGAGUGAACUGCUGGGGGGAAUGAAAGUGGAAAAAGUGGCAACAACAUCUAAAGGAAAGUACGAACCACAUUCAAGGUCUAGUAGAGUUAAAGCUCUGAUAGAUAAUGCCUCAUAUGAUGAAAAGCAAAGCGGCUUCAUCCGAAGAAGGCCGCAGAGACAAUUCAAUAGGGAUGAAUUGGGCCCUAGCGCUGGUCUAUCAGAAAGUGUCCCUUUGGGAAUUUUCACAGAAAGUGCACAGACGUUGUCCGACGCAAAGCCACUGCUUUCCGUUUGGGAUAAAAUGAGUCAACGGGAAUUGCGACUGGCAGUCACUUAUCCACCAUCAAAUAUUUACGAAGAAAUGAUUUUGUGGACAAACCAAGGCAAAUUAUGGAAAUUCCCAAUUGAUAACGAACAAGGCUGGGAAGAGGAGCAGAGUGUUCCAUUUUCCGAGCAUAUUUUUCUCGAGAAGCACUUGCAAGACUGGUGCCCAAAAAAGGGUCCCGUACGCCACUUUAUGGAAUUGGUUUGCAUCGGAUUGUCGAAAAACCCUCACUUCACUGUCGAGGAGAAGAAAGCCCACAUCGAAGGGUACAGAGAGUACUUUGUAAGCAAAACUGAUACUCUGAAAGAACUCGGAGCAAUGUAAAGCAUUUUAUUUUAACUAUAUUCAAAUAAACAAGAAAGUGCUGUAGCAUAUAAAAAUUGUGACUUAA